GAAUCGUUGUCAUUACGAUACUCCUCCAAACUAACUGCAGUUAGAGAAACAAUGGCCCGCACCAAGCAGACCGCCCGCAAGUCCACGGGAGGGAAAGCCCCUCGCAAGCAGCUGGCCACCAAGGCCGCCCGCAAGUCCGCCCCUGCGUCAGGAGGCGUCAAGAAGCCCCACCGAUACCGCCCCGGCACGGUGGCCCUGCGGGAGAUCCGUCGCUACCAGAAGUCCACGGAGCUGCUCAUCCGCAAGCUGCCCUUCCAGCGCCUCGUCAGGGAGAUCGCGCAGGACUUCAAGACGGACCUGCGGUUCCAGAGCGCGGCCAUCGGGGCGCUGCAGGAGGCCUCCGAGGCUUACCUGGUGGGCCUGUUCGAGGACACCAACCUGUGCGCCAUCCACGCCAAGAGGGUCACCAUCAUGCCCAAGGACAUCCAGCUGGCCAGGCGCAUUCGGGGCGAAAGGGCUGCUUCUGGACGCGCGCACCUGGGGAAGCGAUGGCCCGCACCAAGCAGACGCCCCCGCAAGUCCACGGGAGGGAAAGCCCUCGUAAGCAGCUGGCCACCAAGGCCCCGCAAGUCCGCCCCUGCGUCAGGAGGCGUCAAGAAGCCCCACCGAUACCGCCCCGGCACGGUGGCCCUGCGGGAGAUCCGUCGCUACCAGAAGUCCACGGAGCUGCUCAUCCGCAAGCUGCCCUUCCAGCGCCUCGUCAGGGAGAUCGCGCAGGACUUCAAGACGGACCUGCGGUUCCAGAGCGCGGCCAUCGGGGCGCUGCAGGAGGCCUCCGAGGCUUACCUGGUGGGCCUGUUCGAGGACACCAACCUGUGCGCCAUCCACGCCAAGAGGGUCACCAUCAUGCCCAAGGACAUCCAGCUGGCCAGACGCAUUCGGGGCGAAAGGGCGUAGACUGACCAGAGGCCCGGGAGGAGGCGGAGGGCGCGGCGUCGCCUUCCGCGACAGCGAAAAGCAAGUCCUUUAGAGUAAGGCUGUCCGGUGAAUGCGUCUGUGGAUUAUUAUAAACAAAAAAAGGAAUCACAUAGACUCCGUGGUACAUGUAAGAAUGACUUUCCAGCCCAUCACAAUGGAAAUACUGUAUGUUCAUAUUGAAUAGCAAUAAACGAGAAAAGACAUUG